UGCGGUUUCCUGUAGUUUUCGUCGAUAAAAGUGGCACAACCAAGUGCAUCCUUUACUAAUCACUUCAAGUCUUUCUCUCCCCUACUUAAAACAAAAACCAUGGUUCAAGAAAAGAAGCUAGUCCAGGACGUAUCUGGUUGGCUAAGAGUCUAUGAUGAUGGCUCAGUCGACCGAACCUGGACUGGUCCCCCUGAGGUCAAGUUCAUGGCUGAACCAGUCUCACCCCAUGAACAAUUCAUUGAUGGUAUAGCCACUCGUGAUGUCACCAUCGAUCAAAAUUCAGGCCUCCGGGCUCGAAUUUACUUGCCGGAGGAGGAAAAUCCCAAGUUUCCGAUCAUACUUCAUUUCCAUGGCGGUGGCUUUUGCAUCAGCCAAGCUGAUUGGUUCAUGUACUAUCAGUUUUACACUAGGUUAGCCAAAUCGAUUCCAGCUAUUGUCGUCUCGGUUUACCUCAGGCCAGCACCCGAGAACAAGCUUCCGGCAGCUUGUGACGAUGGCUACGCCGCUCUCCUUUGGCUUAAAUCGUUAUCUAAAGGUGAGUCAAACGAACCUUGGCUCAACACCCAUGGUGAUUUCAACCGAGUUUUCCUUAUAGGUGAUAGCUCAGGAGGGAACAUCGUGCAUGAAGUAGCUACACGUAGUGGGUUCAUUGAUUUGAACCCACUAAGACUCGCUGGUGCUAUCCCUAUCCACCCAGGGUUCGUUCGGGCUCAGCGAAGCAAGUCCGAGUUAGAACAACCCGAGUCACCUUUCUUAACCUUAGACAUGGUGGAUAAGUUCUUAGCCUUAGCAUUGCCAAAUGGGUGCACCAAGGACCAUCCCAUUACUUGUCCUAUGGGGUCAUUUGCCCCACCAAUUGAAACCCUAAGUUUACCUCCAUUGAUGUAUUGUGUGGCUGAGAAAGACAUGAUCAAGGACACUGAGAUGGAGUAUUAUGAAUUACUGAAAAAAGCCAACAAAGAUGUGGAGUUGUUUAUUAGCACUGAAAUGGGUCAUAGCUUUUAUCUUAACAAGAUUGCCAUUGAUACUGACCCUGUUACUGCUGCACAAACUGGUGAACUUAUUGAAGGAAUCAAAGUGUUCAUCAAUAAGCAUUGAAAAAGGUACUAGUUUUUAUUGAUGUUGUCAAGCUCUAAUUGCUUGUUGCUUUUCUAUAUGUAUGUCAACAUUAUAAUAAAUAUUUAUUUUGAUCUUUGGUGUUA